GGCUAACGUACAAUGUGUACUUUGUCUACCGAUUUAGUCACGUUGACGUUUAAGCGUUAGCAUUUGACGAUUAGGCGUUAGCGAGUACGCUUAACGUCACGCUUGGCUUUCGUCUAAGCCCCCAGAUCAAUUUUGUAUUGACAUUUGACAUCUGAUUGACAUUACCUAGAUAUAAAUUUAUCUUUGUAAAGUAUUGUUUUAUGAUACACAAUCUAAAAAAUUUGGAUUAUUUUAUUAUAUGAAAAGUCACUACUUGCUGAAUACAACUAUUUGAUUGUAUAUAGUUAAGAAGAAAUACCAGGAUGCCGGCGUAUUUUGAAUGGAAAUGUUUAAAGAAACAAAAGCGCUUAAUGAACCAGUGUCCCAGUUUUGAAGUGUCUAAUCAUCCCUUAAAAACUGACCCCAUUCUAUUUAAAGAGAGUGUUACUAAAAAUUUUAUGGAUUAUUUUAACAAAUGGAGUGGAGGUUUUGAAGAAGUUGAUCCAUUGUUGAAGUUUGGCCAAAUGGAAUUGGAGGAUGAUAUGGAACCCAUUGCAGUUGUUAAACCUACUGAAAGUUUUGCAAAAGCAUGGAAUUCAAGACGAAUAGGAAUUCUCAAUAAAUACACAACAGGAGAGAAACUGACUAUAGUCAGUAGUUUCUUGCCCGGUGGAGAGCAAACUUUAAUAAGACAGGUAUCAAAUCUAAAUGAAAAAGUAAAACACAGAUUAGAACAAUUGGAUGAUUUCGAUGAAGAUUCUAUCAGAAAGACCAUUGGCCUGAGCCAACAAGAAUUUGUCACCAAGAUCAACAUGCUCAGUGAUGAAAUUAAAAAGGCAUGGGAUACUGAACAGAGAGUAAAAGCAUUCAAAAUAGGUAUUCAGUGUUCAAAACUGUUAUCAGACGUGAGUGUUAUGCAGUUUUAUCCAAGCAAAUUUAUAUUUAUCACUGAUAUAUUGGAUACAUUUGGGAACCUUGUUUUUGAUAGACUAAAAGUUAAGAGUUUUGGAUCUAAAACCAAUAAAACCAUUGAUGACAUUGUUCCAAAUGAAGUUCCCGAAUCUGCAAAGGAGACAUGCCAAAACUGGAUGUACAAAAUGGCAUCCAUAAGAGAAUUAUUGCCACGUCUGUACAUGGAAAUGUCACUACUAAAAUGCUACAUUUUCAUAUCAAAAGAUGAAAUAAAACCUGCCGUUGCUAGAAUCACAAAUAUGAUCAGAGGGAUCGGUAAUCCUCUAGUCGCGGCUUACUUGAGAGUUUAUUUGUGUAAAGUCGCUUCUAAAUUAUUAGGAAAUGACAGUGCUCAGUUCUUCUACAAUAAUCUCAAAGAAUUUCUUGAAGAAUAUCAGCAGAUCUUUAAUGUCACAAUGAGAAAGAAAUAUGAAUCGCAACUUAUAACAACCGACAAAUAUUUGAGUCUCUAUGUGCCGGCAGUGGAUUGGUUAUUGUAUGGCACUUUGAUCUUGAAUGACUCCAGGCACGCACUUUUAGAAGAAUUCCUGCAAACUUGUGAACAAAUUCCGAACAAUGAUCUCUUCCUUUGUUGUAUCCUUUCUGCAUUCGACGCCCCAGACGUUAUAAAGAAAUCAUCGCAAAUAUUACAACUCAUUCAAAACUCCGCUGAUAAAAUGGUAAUGUUGACUGAACUUUUAAUGACUCUGGGAGAACACUUAUGUACGACAGAGAAUUACCGUCAAGUAGCCUCGGAAGCUUUAAUCCAAUCGUGGUGGAAAAUUGCGAACAAUAUUAGACCAACUGUUAACUUUUUACUAGUGUUAGGCCCCUGGCUGCAGUUUGCGUGUACACAUUUAUCGACGCAAUAUGUGAACAUAAUCUUGCGAGGAACAAUUCGGUACAUGAUAAAGUGUGGCACACCGGCCGACGAAUUCUCGGGGCAGUUUCAGAUUGUCAUCAAAAGGAUGUUAAAGUCUAUUCCAGAUGUGGAGGAAUUGUUUUUGAUGGAUGCAUUCAUGCCGUUAGUAGAAUUGGUUCAAUCAGCCAACGCUCGUACCUUGUUGGCUAAAACAGUCCUGUCUAUCUACUUUACAAGACACACCUCGGUCCAUAUCGAGGAUCACAUUGUGAUCGCCUGCCUAUUGCGAUUGUGCUGUAUAUUACACGACUCUAUCACUGCAGUCACAGUAGAGGAUGAGAAUAAACUGUGCAGCGAGCUGAUCAACAAAUUCGUACAAGCGGUGACUUACCAAGACUUAGAACAACAGUUGAACUUUUACGUAGAAUGCAGAUCUUCUUUCAUUAAGCUGGAUGGUGUGCUCAUAACAUUGGUGCACGCCGUGAACACAUUAGCGGCUCGCGCCAAUGAUUCGAACGGCAAAUGGUUACAACGGGCAUGCGCUGCGUACUGUUUCAUUACAGUUCCUUCCCUGCAUUGCACACUUACGAAGGCACAUUUGUACUUACUUUCCGGACAGGUAGCACUUCUCAACAAUUGUAUUGGACAAGCUGAAGCAAAUUUUAAGGCACUCAUCGGACUAAUACCUGAUAUUCAGUACAUAUUAGAGGAUGCCCAGAAAAAACCAACUAACCUUAGGGUCGCAGGCAUUUUGAGUGAUUUCUUGUCAACUUUAUUGGUAUUCCCAGAUAAUGUGGAGAGUAAUUGCAAGGCUUACAUCCUAAACGGUUUUAUAAGAACUAUGGAAAGGAUACACUGGCGCAAAACAGAGCCUUUGUAUUAUGGCGUGCUUUUGCGUACUUUGGAUCUCCUGUGCGAGUUGACACAGGAAAAUUAUUCUUAUCACAUAGAUUCAGUGCUCUCUAAUGACAAAUUAUACGCUUCCGAAGCGAAAUUUAUAGAAACCAUGGAGAAAUACGCAACGAAAAUUUGUCAAGAACUGUUGGUUGUGUUGCAUGUCCGCGGCGAUAGCAAAGACCAGAAUAGACAGUAUAAUUUGGCUUUGGAGCUAUUUUGGCGGGUUAUAAGGCGUGGUGAUUUACAAGAUAAGUCUAUGUACAACUUGGCUGUUAACCUAUGGAUGUUGGGGCUCAAAUUGCAAGAUACAAACAGUAUAUUUGCCAAAUCUCUUCUAACCGUGUUAGAAAAUGACGGUAAUUUGAUCAGCGCUCAAUUAUUCAAGAAGCUAGACAAUGCCGUGGCAACGUCAUAAAACGUAUGACAAAAAACCUUCAUGAGUACGGGCACAGUAGGCAAGGCAUAAAUGCACGCGUCAUCUAUUGAUUCCCAGUGACAAGGCAGAACGCUUAUCAAAUUCUUAGAACUAAGAAUAUUUUGUACAUAAAUCUAUAUAGUGUAUUUUGA